AUGCAAAGUUGCGAUUGGUCGCUGCAGCUACGAGCAAUUCUGCCGUUCGACAACACGGACCUUCAGAGUCAUACCUCAGGACAUUAUAUCACAAUGCCUUCCAACCUCCGACUUCAGUCGACCUUCGACCCCAUCGACGCUCAGGCUGUUCAUCAAACAUCUCCCACCCUGCCUCCAAGGAAGAAACAAAAGAUGAGCCUCACUCAGACCUACUACAUCGCCAGCACUGCACGCCGUCAGUUGGGGAAGGAAGCCAGCGCUGCCGACCACAAUUUGAGACGGCUUGUUGGCCACGCCAACCUUCUCGACAACCUUAUGGAGGAGCUACAAUCGGCUGAGCGAGAACAAGAGAACUGGUUCAACCAGAGCGUGCGGGCAGCUUCCAAGCCAGAAGAGCCAAAGCACAUCCAAUGGCUCGACCAGAUCGACGAGGCAGAUGACAGCGACUCUGACGACAGUGAUAUGGAAGACGAUGAGGAGUUCGAGAACAGCCCAUCUUCCUUCGUACCCGUCUUCGACGACAAUGACGAUCUCGACUGGGACAACCAAGAGCUGACGCUCACCCGAACCCCAUCCCACAAGCAAUCCAGCCCUCCUGAGCUCACCAUGGAGGAGGAUGAGUACAGCUCGGACGAGGACGAAUGCCCAUCGCCUGGCAACGUCGCCCUGGAGAUGAGCGAGAAGGAGCGACAAGAUAUCGCGACAGCAGCACUCUACGACCUGAAGUCGCAGAACGGCAUGGAAGACUACCUCUCAGGGCCUAUAGCAGCUUGCUAA